CACGGAAGGAGACAAACAGAGAGGAAUUCUACAGAAUUCUAGAGAGGCCUUUCAAGUACCAAGUGAAUAGAAUCCCAUUUGAAGAAACUCAAAGAAGAAAUCCGCUCCCCACGAUGGUGUCUCCUGGGUUACAAAUUCUGGGUGCAGCUCUAGGGAUCUUGGGCUGGAUAGGUGUCAUCGUUGUGUGCGCCAUUCCCAUGUGGAAGGUCACUGCCUUUAUUGGCAGCAACAUUGUGACCUCGCAGACUAUAUGGGAAGGUAUUUGGAUGAGCUGUGUGGUCCAGAGCACAGGCCAGAUGCAGUGUAAGGUCUACGACUCCAUGCUGGCCCUCAGCUCUGACCUCCAGGCUGCUCGGGCCCUGACCAUCAUCUCCAUCAUUGUGGGCAUCCUGGCUAUCCUGCUCUCCGUAGCUGGGGGGAAAUGCACCAACUGUGUGGAGAAUGAGUCAUCCAAGACCAAGGUGGCCAUUACAGCUGGAGUUAUGUUCAUUGUAGCUGGGAUCCUUUGCCUCAUCCCUGUCUGCUGGACGACCAACACCGUCAUCCAGGACUUCUACAACCCGCUGUUGAUCAGCGCCCAGAAGAGAGAGUUGGGUGCUGCGCUCUACAUAGGGUGGGGAGCAGCCGCCUUGAUGCUGAUCGGAGGGGGAAUUCUCUGCUGCAACUGUCCCCCUAAGGAUAAUAGCACCUACAAAACUGCAAGGUACAACGCUGCCAAAUCUGAGGCCUCAGCACCAGCGUCUGGGAAAAACUUUGUCUGAAACAGAU